CCAUGGGGGGAGAGGAAGAGGAGGUCGAGAGCGAGGACUGGGUGCGUGAGAACGGUUUGUCAAUCGCUGUCCUCGCGCAGACACGGAUCAGGCCCGCUCUCGCUCUGCGCCCAUCUCGGACGCCGUGCUCGUACCAUCCUCCCGUGGGCCGUGCGCACUGCGAGCCGCUCAAACAUCCGUGUACACUCUGGGAAAGCGUGCGUGCUCUUCGAGUACGUAUUGAAGCCGCCGCCAAGUCGUCCCAGCCUCGCUGUACCCAGGAGCUGCCCAUGACCUGCCUCGUUCACCCCCGCGUCCGGCACGUUGCAGCGCUUCUCAGACGCCCACCCUGAAGCCUAUAUCGCAAACCCUGCUGCCAGCUCCCUCCAACACCCCUCGUCGUCCUCCUCGGCUCCCUUGGUAUGCAGCCAGCCAUGCAGGCCUACCCCGCCGGCGACCCCCAGUACUAUUCCCAGACUAACUACGCUCAGCCGCAGGCUGCCUACUAUGCUCAGUUCAAUCCCUACCCGUCUUAUCAUCCUCAGAAUGGAACUGCACCCUUUCCAGCGUACCCUGGAGCGCCGUACGACUCUCCUGGGCAGUAUCCGACGCCGGCACCCAUGCGGAGGAAGCUCAGUCAAGGCCGAAGUGCGUCGUCGGCACCAACCAUACAAACAACUCCCAGCCGUUCCGGCACCCCUGCGGGUCCUCUGAAGUCUGCCAUGAAGAAGCAACUGGACCGUGCAGCCUCAAUGGGGACUGUGCCGCUAGCCAGGCGUACCACCAAUGAGUCACGACAGAGGGCCAAUUCCUUAACCAGACCGAGGAGCAGGACCGGCUCGAUUCCCGCGUUCGUUCCUGACCACAUAUUUGUGUCAAUCUAUUCUGCUGGUGAUUUGCGGAUAGACAACGUUGCAUAUCAGUCUACGCUGGACGACCUCCGGGAACUCGUCCUGCCGAUGUGGCCGCAUGGCAUUGAGUAUGAAGACAGCCGAGGCGACAACUGGCGAGUACGCUUUUCAAGAGGCCCGUGGACCAGCAUAGGCGUCGAUGCCAUUUUGGCUCAGCGACUCAUAUGUUGUCUCUACACCGUCCUGGCUCGUCAAGGCUACUCACAUGUGACGACCGUGCAAACUGGCAGUCCAAGGAGGCCGGGCAAGCUCGUCUUCGCCGAGACAGUCCCGGACCCCGACGUGAGGAUCUUCGCGACAAUGUUCGACCCCUCCAAGCUGCGCCUCACUCUGCUCGACGCGCCGCGGGAGCUCGUCGAGGACUUCGCGUCCAGCCUGCGGCCCAUGUUCCCGCGCAAGGUGAUGUCGUACGGCGCGAACGAGGACGGUGUGCACGUCAUCGAAGUCAAGCGCGAAGGCUUCCGAUCGCGCGAAUCAGAACGCAACCUCUUCAACGCAUGCAUGCUGCGUUUCUUCAACAGCGCGGGCUACAAGCUCGACGGGAGCAUCCCGCUCGGCAGGAAGGACCCUAUGUUCUGGGGCUCGCGCAAGGAGGCGUGGAUCUUCCGCAGUAUGCCGAUGCGCAGACCGGAGAGCCGGCAGAAGCAGUGACGACUGACGAGCGUGUCCGAUUUGUCGCGUAUAUGGUGUACAUUGUCCUUCCUUCAGGUUAUAGAUCGACUUUAUCUGACACGGAUCAUGGCGGUACAAGAGAACGCAAGGGGAAUCUGCAGAAAUGUAAGGAACUUGUCAGGUUGCUGCGAGGUAAUAACGCUACCGCGUGUGCAUUGAUUACUUCGGCUUCGGGGGCUUUGUGGUCUUGACCUGUCCCAUCACGACAGUAGG